GACCCUGCACUGAGUACAGAAUGGGAUGGUGGUAGCCAGGAAUAUGGCUGUGACUCCCACCAGUAAGACCCAAGACUCCAAUGACUUGGAGGCGAUUGUAGGACCUCUCCAUAGUUUCCACACACUCCACUAACUACCUUUAAGCUGUGGCUAGACUUCCUUUUAUCCUGGCUUCCUUGCACAUCAGCUUACUGCAUCUGCAUUCCCUAGAUUUGUGAUCUCCUUCCUUUGCUAAAAGAAAACAAGUCUUACCACAUGAGGCCCCGUGACCUGACUGCUUGGAGGAAUAAAGGUUACUAGCUGCGUAAAUGAGUAUGGAAGAUUAUGAUUUCCUGUUCAAAAUUGUUUUAAUUGGCAACGCUGGUGUGGGGAAGACGUGCCUAGUUCGACGGUUCACUCAGGGUCUUUUCCCCCCAGGUCAAGGAGCGACAAUUGGUGUUGAUUUUAUGAUUAAGACAGUGGAGAUAAAUGGUGAAAAAGUAAAGCUACAGAUCUGGGACACGGCAGGGCAAGAGAGAUUUCGGUCCAUUACCCAGAGUUAUUACCGAAGUGCCAAUGCCUUGAUCCUUACCUAUGACAUUACCUGUGAAGAAUCCUUCCGUUGCCUUCCUGAGUGGCUCCGGGAAAUAGAACAAUAUGCCAGCAACAAGGUCAUCACCGUGUUAGUAGGCAACAAGAUUGACCUGGCUGAGAGGAGAGAGGUCUCACAGCAGAGAGCCGAGGAGUUCUCGGAAGCUCAGGACAUGUAUUACCUGGAGACCUCCGCCAAGGAGUCUGACAAUGUGGAGAAACUCUUCCUUGACUUAGCUUGUCGACUCAUCAGUGAAGCCAGACAGAACACACUUGUAAACAAUGUAUCCUCACCCUUACCUGGAGAAGGAAAAAGCAUCAACUAUUUGACUUGUUGUAAUUUCAACUAAAGGCUGAAGCAGAAGGAAGCAAAAGGAAACAGCAGCUGCACUGAUGGGCCACGAGUAGCUGGGGUGAUCUGGCGCUGACUGUGGCUCCCGCUCCUCGGACCUUCUGACUCCUGUGGGCUGCCGAGCUUACAAAGCAUGGCAGGCCAAGGGCCCUGUCCACAGCUCAGCAUUAGCAGAACAUAUAACGGUUAGACUCUUUCGCAGUCUGGAGUUGGAGCAAGGAGAAAAUUGCACUAGGAGCUCCAUGAUCUGCAGAGCAUGCUGCUUUUGAUUGUUUAGAGAGCAAGUAAAAGCGCAUUCCUAAAUGCAGUCCUGGGGAACCGACUGUAGGGACCCCUCCUGCAUGUCUGUGGGUGCAUGUGGGGGCUGUUCUUUAGGGAUUCAGUGGUAAGACGCUGGCGGCCUUGGGUUAUCUACCAGAGAAAACAGACCGAGAAAAGCCAAGUACUGUCUCUCUGGCGCAUAUUGAUGGCCCCAUGGAGAUCUUGAAAAGUGUUAUUUCUUUUGCCCACAGGCACCUUCAAGAACUUUGAGAUGUAAAAAUGAAAUGAAACCUUUACCCAUGACCAACAGUAACAAUCUUUGUUUUAAUAAUAUAUACAAGUCCCAUGACUCAUUUUUGGUGCUAAUGAUUUCACAGACCAAACAUUUUAGUCCAUCAACGUCCUUUAAUGUAUUAAGAAAUAAAAAAAAAAAAAAUGGGAGAAGUCCAUGAAUCUGUACUCUUUCUCAAAGUCUCAUUCCUACCAUUCCUAGGGUAAAUUUAUUGAGAAAGAGAAUACUUUUUCUUUCAUGUUCCCUCUGAAUUUCUACCAUUUCAUCUUCUAUUUCCUUUUCUUUCAUAUGCUUUGCAUCAAUGAAAAAGUUUGAAAAAUGGAAAAAAAUUACAAAUGUUCUCUGACCUUAUGGUAUCAGACAACAGGCCAGAUAUGACCAAAAUACUGUGGAAUAAGGGACUGAAGUGCAGAGUUCCAGCAGACAGAGCGUUUUCCUUGAGGGUAGGUCCUGGCACUGUCCAACCGGGAUGAACCAAGGCCUAGGAUUCUGUAGAUGUUCUAAGUAUAAUAAGUGAGAAUAUCAAUAGAGCAAAAGCCUCACAAACAUUUUUGUAUUGUCAAUGAUAACCUUAGAUUGUGUGUGUGGAAUCAAGUUUUGCUGUCAUUUUUUAAAUCUACUUCUAUUAAUGUUUCACCCAGCGCUGUGAGCGUACAUUCUUUCCUAUUUCUCUUUUCUUCUCUAGUUCCUGGUCUCCUUUCUCCUUUCUUCCUCCCUCCCUGCUCUCCUUCCUCACAUGCUUGUCUUACUGCAAAUCUCUGAUUCAUGUAGAGGUAUAGAUGCUUUACUCAGCCUGUUUUAAAAUGGGACUUACAAUGGAGAAGGUGCUGCUGACCAGGUAUUCCUGUUACUUGAGUGCCAUACUUUGAUGCCUUCCAAUUUGUUCACUGAUAUAAAUGCAAAUUAGGAGGAGAAUUAAGCCUGUGUGCUGUUGAUGCUGUCAGAUAUUUUUCUGUAGCUUGUUUAGCAUAACUGAGAGAUGCGUGAUGGAAUUAGGAUAUGACAAUUCCACUAUUGCUAUGGAUGGUAACAGUCUCAGUUCUGAUACAUUGGUGCUUGAAAGCUGUUUGAUUGUAAAGCAAUGGGCAUGGAGAGAUAUGCUGUUGAUAAGGCAUUUCUAGCAAUUCUCUAGCAAGUUCCAGGGUGACUAAUCCUAGGCACACAGCACAUGAGAUGAUCCAUGUUUUUUAAAGGACUGAUAUGUUUUGGUUGGCUUCACUUUCCAUGGGAAGCAGAAAGGGAUUCCUGGAAUAUUGAAUUGAUUUCUUUCUUUUUUUUUUUUAAGAUUUAUUAAUUUUUAUUUGAUAGGC